AAGGUAAUAAGAGAAAGAAAUGAUAAUUUAUUAUAAUGAACAAAUUAUUAGCAUUAGCAGCUCUAACAUUAUUAACAGUAGGAAUUCAUCAACUAUCCUAAACCGAAUCAGUUAAUUUAAGAUUGUAAUAUGAUAAUUACACAGUCUAAUAUGGCAAAUUCUAUUCUCCAGGUGAAAAAGCUUAUAGAUUUAAGAUUUAUGAAGAGGCAAUGAAACAUAUUGAAAGUUUCAAUUCAGACUCAAGUAAUACUGCUAGAUUAGGAGAAAACUAAUUUACUGAUUUAACACCUGAAGAAUUUGCUGCUUUGUAUUUAACAAGAAAAUAAUUGAAUAUGAAUUUGAAUGCUGAAUUAUAUGUUCCAUAAGGACCUGUAAAUGCUUCAGCUGAUUGGUCAGGAAUCACAAAAGUAAAGGAUUAAGGUAAUUGUGGUUCAUGUUGGGCAUUCUCAGCUGUUGGUGCAGUUGAGACACUUUUAAGAAUUAAGGGUGUUCUUCCAACAAAUACAUGGUUAUCAGAAUAAUAAUUGGUUGAUUGUGAUAGAGGUACAAAUGAUGGAUGUAAUGGUGGAUAUGAAAAUUUGGGUAUUUCUUGGGCUAAAAAGAAUGGUCUUACAACUAGUGACAAAUAUCCAUAUGUAGCUAAAUAAUAAAAAUGUUAAAUCUCAACUGGAUAAUAUAAACCAUCAGGAUAUUAAGUUGUUGCUGCCAAUAACAUGUACACAGCACUUUCAUAUUAACCAAUUACUGUUGCUGUUGAUGCUAGUUCAUGGUAAUAUUAUAAGACUGGUAUUUUCUCUGGUUGUACUUUAAAAUCCUUAAAUCAUGCAGUUUUAGCAACUGGAUUUUAAGAAGAUGGAACUUGGAUUAUUAAGAAUUCUUGGGGAACUGGAUGGGGAGAAAAAGGAUACAUUAGAUUACCUGCUAAAGGUAACCCAUGUGGUGUUUAAGAUGAAUCCUAUGUUGCUUAUCUUGAAUGAGUUAAGUUACAUAUUUAAAACAUC